AUGCCUCCCAAGCGCAUUCAAGUUCAGCCGGCUCGCAGCAGAGCCCAGCCCAAGGGCUACUUCGGCCAGGUAUAUCAAACCUUGACAUCAGAGGAGAACGCCAGCGUGGUCAUCAGUGUUGCUAUGUUCGGGGUAGGUCUGACUGUCCAACUGCGAAUUUCCACCACUUCGAGAAUCUGGUUCAAUUUGCCGGCU